CCCAUUGGUGAGGUUUCUUAUUCACACUAGAAAUCAAAUCCAAAAAUCUUGUUUAGCGCUCUAGCUCUCUCUAUCUCUCUCUCUCUGUGUACGCCUCUUUCAGAUAUUCUUGAGAGACGUUGCAGAGAGAGAUCGAGCAUUUUGUAUUACUCUCUUUCUUUUUGGUUUGUUUUAGACUCAAAUCUAACAAAGACGAAAACAAUGGCCGUUUCAAGGGUUUGUCUUGGACUUGUGACUCUUCUUAUCAUUCUCAUUUUUGCCAUUGCUCUGCCUUCUGUUCAGGCCCAGUCCUCUUCUCCGGCUCCAGCUCCCACCAGCGAUGGAGCUACAAUUGACCAAGGGAUUGCAUAUGUGCUCAUGUUGGUAGCCUUGCUUCUAACUUACCUCAUUCAUUAACCUGAUUUCCCCUCCGCCUUCUAAAUCUUAACGAGGUGGAAUCAAUGAUGGUUACGACAAAAAGACAGGUUUUGAUUAGAUCAGGGGUUAUGGGUCUGAUAACGGGUGGUGUUUGUAUCUUUCUUGU